AUGGCCAUUAUCGAAUCGAAAAAAGUCGAACCAGCCAAAUAUCGUUGGCACAAAGUCGGCGAUACAGCAAACUCAGUCCAACGACGAGGAAACGGCACCGAGAACUGGGUUGGCCUUCGCAAAGAAAAUGCCAGAGGUCAAUACGACUGUUACAUUCUUGUCAAAGCAACUUUACAGCACUCUUUGUCUCUUGCCUCGCUUAAACAGAAACUUGUCUAUGGUCUCCUCAAAGAACGAUUCGAGCAUCCUAAUGUUGCUUGUAAAGCAUAUUGGGAUGAGCAGUUUGGUCCUUUAAUUCGGUAUACGCCUCCUUCUGAUCAUGAUAAAGCGGUUCUGUGGGCGCGACAAAGGAUCGAAGUUCGUGCGACAAGUCAGACUGGUUUGGAGUUAAGACGGCAAAUUGUGUCGAAAAGGAAGGCACAGAACACAUCAUCGAACUCUUUUACUUUCUACGUUCUUAGUGACGUACCAGAUACGGAUACGAUCAUCAGUCAAGGGUCCCCGGUUGAGUUCUUGGUCCACUUCAAUCAUAUCUACUGGGAUGGUAUUAGUGCUCGACUGUUCGUUGGUCAUCUUCUCAAUAGUGUUGGUCAAGACCUAGAACAUGCACAAUACAACUGGGGCAAGGAAGUCGAAAACUUAAGUGCACCACUCCUUGAUUCAUUGAAGAUCGACCCUCAAACCUUGGGCGAAGACUACGAAGACAGCCUUGAAGAAUUUGUAUCGACUAUGUUUGAAUUUGGUUCAAGUCAUGCCAUGCCCAUAGGAACAAACCCAGGACUACCAGAAACCGCAAUACUCCAAUUACCACCUUCCUUAUGCCAGAAAAUCAUUCAAGCAGUAAAGUCUCGUCUAGGUCCUGGAUACACAAUAACUCAUCUAGGCCAAGCAGCAACACUAUUAACUUUACUAAAACUCAGUCCACUGCCAAAAGAAGCUCUCACAAACAAAUCGGUGAUAAUGCCAUUACCAGUCAAUGGACGACGAUACUUGCGGGAAGAAGUUGCGAACAUGCAAUAUGGCAGUUGUCAAGCUUGCGCAGUGGUCGUUUUCGAUAAUCUCGCACAGUACGCCAUAGAUUUUGGCGAUAGAGAUGCGGUUGUUGAAGCACUGAUUGAGGCUAUGAAGGUCACCAAGACUGCUUACGAUUAUUGGCUCAAUAAGCCAUAUCUACUGCCCUUGGGUCUUGCCAAGGAUAACUUUUUUUCGGCUCUCAUGGAAUCGAACGAGAGUAUACCUGAUGGCAAAGCUGUGCCGAUUAUUGCCAGUGAUGGUCUGAACGAUCUCUAUAUCCCCAGUACUGUUCUGACUCAGGAUGGAUCUCCAAUCUUGGAUGUUGAUGAUGUGAUCUUUCUUACAGACACCUAUGAACCAGGGAUUCUACUGCGCAUGGAGGGUUGGAAUGGCACAACUUCUCUGUCGCUGAGUUAUAGUGACGGUAGCUUCUCAUCAGAAGAAGCUAAGGCUUUCUUGCAAUGCAUGGAGGAGUUUAUGAUGAGCUUCGUGACUUGA